AGUGUUCGAAGUUUGUCUAUCAAGAACUGUUGAAGACUCAUUGAAAUUUGCAUGAUGAUGAUGAUGAUGAUCUGUGCAAGUAACCGUUAAUGGAAAUGAAAACCCUCUCACUCGCCACUGAGCUCCACGUGGCGUCUCUGAAGUCUGUGUUGUCAGCCUGUAAAACUCAAUCCACACAGAUUCUCCCUUUCUCUCUUCCUUUUUGUGUGUUUGCUUCUCCUUCUCCCUCAUGCACGCCUAGCUUCAGCUUUAUAGCUUCUGGUUUCUGAUUCUGCACUGCAUUUUACCGCUAACCCAGUAAGCUUUUCUUGUUUUGUCGCCUUUUUCUUCAACCUUUGAGCUUCUACUUUGUGUGGUUUGUUUGAGUUGAAAUGGAGGGAGGCAAUGGAGUGAUGAUGAAGGAAGAUAAAGAGCAGCUCACAAAUCUUUUGGAGAGGUUUUCCCCUGAUGUUGAAAGUGUUAAACAAAUUUGUCAACAGUCUAAUUCUCAGUCUCUUCAUGAACCAGAGCUUAAUCUUCAACUCUCUUUGGGGAUUAACUUUGAGGGUGAGACCCAUUUAACGAGGGCGUCUUCUGUGGCUGAAUUAAUGACUCAGAGAAAGGGCUCUGGGGAAGGUGAAGGAGAAGUUUUUUCAUUUGAGAGGUCUUGUUCUCUGCCGGCUGAGAGGAAGCAAGAGCAUGGCCAUGGGCUUAUAACUUUGAGGGAAUUGCAGGCGAGGAGGAGAAUGCGGGCUAUGAGGAGAAUGCAGGCGAAGAACAGGCUUCUGGAGAGGCAGAGGAUAAGCAAGGAAAAUAAAGAGAAAGAAAAGUCCAAAGCUUCCCUGAAGGAGCCAAUGCCUCCUUUGCCUGCAGCUGAAAUGGCUGCAUGGGCCCCAUCUUCACUGGCCAAGACCCCCCUUCCUUAUCAAGCCACUGUUAACAUUAAAGCAAAAGGAGAUUUAGCUGAGAGCAAGAAGGGGAUGUAUUUCCCGCCUCCAUCUCCGGCACCUGCUUCUGCACAUGGACGGAAAGGUUCAGCCGCACCUAACCAACCAAAACUGCACAAAUAUCCUACAGGACCAGAGGGUUCAGCUGCUCCUAACCAACCUAGCAAGUUCCACCCGUCAUUGGAUCAAAGGAACAUAGAGCCUAUCCAACCUAGCAAAUUCCACCCACCAGCGGAUCCAAGGAAAGUAGUACCUAACCAACCUAGUAGGUUCCACUCAUCAUCGGAUCCAAGGAACAUAGAAACUAACCAAACUAGCAGGUUCGACCCACCAUCAGAUCAAAGUAACAUAGAGCGUAACCAAUCUAGCAAGUUCCACCCACCAUCAGAUCCAAGGAAUGUAGUAACUAACCAACUUAGUAGGUUCCACUCGUCAUCAGAUCCAAGGAACAUAGAAACUAACCAAACUAGCAGGUUCCACCAGCCAUCAGAUCCAAGGUGCAUAGAACCUAUGACCUCUCCCGGGACAACCCUAAAUGGAAUGUUAGUCCAGCCAGCCGAAGCCAAGCCAGAGAAUCAGUGCAAGUGGCCUGGAAUUAUUAGUGGAAACUUUGAACACAAUGGGAUAGAUGUGAUGAAACUGAUGCCCAGUGUAACUACCACUGGGGAUGGUCCAAAUGGAAAGAGAAUUGAAGGCUUUCUAUACACAUACACAAAAGAUCAAGUAUGUAUAGUGUGUAUAUGCCAUGGCAGCUUUCUCUCACCGGCAGAGUUUGUUAAGCACGCUGGUGGCAAGGAUCUGCAGAACCCCAUGAAGCACAUCACCGUCCAUUCUGCCCUUUCAGCUCAAGGUCAGCAGUAGCAGUGGUGGCUUUGUCGCCCCUCUUGGAACCUAAACCAAGCAGUAACUUAUACUUUUCUCAGUCACCUUUGUUGUUUUUUUCUCUUUGGAUUAAAGAAAACUCCCUUCUUAAGAAGAGAAUGCCCUUUUAUUUUGCUUUACAGAACUCCUGAAAGAGCCAUCUCUGAAUGGAUCAAUGCAUAGUUUUGUGUC